CCCACCCCCGCACAUAUUCAAACCACGCGCCCCCUUGCCAUUGCCCUCUCCCUCCCAGUUCGUCCACGAUUCCAAUCCUCCCCGACCUCGAACGAGACCAGCCGCUAAUCCACAAGUUAGAGACGAUGGCGUUGUCACUCAUCACCAGAUUGCUAACCCUGGCUCUGGGGUACGCGUACCCGGCGUACGCUUGCUACAAGAUGCUGGAACUGCACCCGCCGCAGAUUGAGCAAUUGCUUUUCUGGUGCCAGUACUGGAUUCUGAUGGCGACGCUGACGGUCGUCGAGAGGUUCGCGGACUGGAUAGUGUCGUGGCUGCCGAUGUACGGCGAGGCGAAGCUGCUGCUCGUCCUCUACCUCUGGCACCCCGGCACACGGGGUGCAGGGCACGUGUACGAUGGCCUCCUCCGUCCGCUGGUGGCGAGGCACGAGCACGACAUCGACCGGGGCCUGCUGGAGCUGAGGGCCAGGGCGAGGGACGUGACGGCGUCUCAACUCAAGGCGGCGGCUGCCGUCGCUCAGGCGUGGCUCGUCGAGGCUGCCCGGUGUGUUUCGUCGCAGCUGCAGGCCGCGAGAUCAGACCGGGCAUGCGCCGCUCAUUGACGAGUAGGAAACUGUCGAUGUUGAUAGGCUUUCUCAUCCCACGGAGACCUGGCCGCCGUCAAUCUUCUCCAAGCCUCUCACCACCGCUGGACGGCUUCGCCGGACAAGGCCCCUCAGCGCUAGUGGCAGCGGGGAGGAUCUUUCCACAGGGGAGUUCAAUCAGUGGUGAAACCAGCCUAGAAAAUUAGUGGGGUCAAUUUUCUGAAUUUUUUCGUCACAAUGUACAAAAGUUGUAAAGUGGUUUAGGCAGUUUUUCUGAAAAGCUGUGGGGUCAGCGGACCCCACGGCCCACACAUAGAAACACUACUGAGUUCAAUGCGGCGGGGUUGGCCAAUUGC